GUAGCGGUCGCGGUCGCGGUAGCUGGUGCUGUUUCUGCUGUCGUUGCCGUUGCCGUUGCGGACGCUGCGGCGGUCGCCGGCAUCGUUAAAUUCGUCGACACGUCGUCGAUCACCGUUCGUUCCCACGGUAGCUUUUGCACCCGAGGAUCGCGACAUCCGGGCGACAGGCGAUCCGAAAUGUUCUUCGCGCAAUCUCGAGAAUCAUCCUCGAAUCUGGUCGCGGCGACGAACGUCAAACUCCCCACCAUGUCGACGGUUCUGAAAGAAACGGAUCGCUCUCGUUAGUUUCGAGAACGCCGCGACGAGACGAGAGGCGAUGGGACGCGACGCGACGGCUGGCAACCGACGACCGACGACCGACGACCGACGACCGACGGCACGAGUGAACCGUAUAGUUCCGGCUUCUCGGGUCUGUCCGAGCGACGACGCGCGACGACGCUUUCCGUUUCCGUAUCUCUUCGGCGAGAAGAUACGCAGGAGAGAACGAUUCGAUCUCGUCGCAAGGUCGUUGCACGAUCGUUACGCAACGAUCGCUGGAACACGCUGGUCACGCGUACGACUUCUUCGCGGCGCAUCGUUCGAGUGCACCGAGUAUCGAAAGAAAACUAGACUUUUUUUCACAUAGUUGUCGAGCCGCGGCGAGGCUAACGAAGGUUAACUCGCCUCUAAAUUGACGGCGCGGUCUAAAUUGGUCACGCAAAGGUACGUAGCACGUAGCACGUAGCACGUAGCGCGUUACGUGCGCGCUCGAACGCGCGCGAACGCGGAUCGUCCGCUACCCUUCGAAUCGGCCCGGUAAAGCGACGAGCACGGUUUCCCGAUACUUUCGAUACGCGGCGAAACCACGUCCGAGGAACGUGGACUCUCUCCUGUCACCUUACCGCGUCGGACGUUCGCCGAUGAAACCGAUGCGACGAUCGUCGAAGGAAAGCUCGCGAUCGCCCUCCGGUUCCAGCCAAGGCGUCUCGCGUCUCCGCACUCGUUCGCACUUUUCUCUUCCGCACCGGUGCCGCGUUCGGCUAUCCGACGAUGCGACGCGACGCGACGCGCGGUCCGCGGAGAGCACCGCCGCGAGGAACGAGGCGCGAGCGAGACGGACUCGCCGCGUCGUUCUAUCGGCCGAGGCACGAACCGGUCAACGUAGGCGGCGAAAGUCAAUUGUUUCGGAUCAAAUACGAGUGUCGCCGAGGUCGGGAGGCGAUUCGACGCAGCGGUCCGAAAGCCCGAACGUUUCACGCGCGUACAGCUGCUAUCGACGACAACACCCUGCUGCCGUUGUUCGUGUCGAGGCUGCGCGAUAAACUCGCGUAAUUGCAGGCUCGGGCAAAACUGUACGCGAUCUCGUAUCCAUGUUUCGCGUCCGACGCGAGAAGCUGGCUCGCGCGAGAAAAGGAGAAAGAACGAGCGAGAGAGAGAGAGAGAGAGAGAGAGAGAGACGCGGACUCGGUUCCGAUCUCGUCUCGAUCUCGGCGAUCGAUCGCGAUCGCGAUCGCGAUCGCGGCUCGGGUGCAGCGACUGCAGCAAACGGCAGCAACGCGUUGCUCGAUUCGCUCGAACUCCCGCGCGCGACGCGAACCGAGACAACCAUUGGACGAUGGAAAACCGACGCGUCCGCAACUCGGGCUCGACUUACGUCACUCGAAGUUACUCGAAUCCAGCCGCGCUUCGACGAGCUCGCCUUUUUUCUUUCCCGUUAUCGUCGUUCCUACGAAUUUAUCGUGCUCGCAGCGCCGACAGCCGCGAACGAUCGUCCGUCUCUACCGAAUCCAACGGCGACGGAGCGGUGCCUCUCGCGUUUUUUUCUCGAGUCGGUGUCUUCGUCCGGUCCUCCAUCGAUCGGUUCCGAUGCACGGUCGCGUCGGUGUCGUCGGGGUCACCGAGACCGCGCGAUCGCCGAUCCGUGAACGCGAGCCGUCGAUCCGCCGUUCGAACCACGAGCGCGACAGCCGCGAUCUCCGUCGCGAGACUGGAACUGGAGACCGAAGGCGGCGUGGUCGAAACACAUGGGACUCGGGACACGGGACACUGUACACGAGACGGAACAAACUAUCGCUUCACCGCAACGCCUCUUACCGCCGCGUCUCUCCACGCUACUACCACCGUUCUCUCGCUUCCGUUCGCUUCUGUUCGUUCGCGCUCGCUUCUCCUCGGCUCGUCUCACCGCGUCACGCCGCGUCUCCGAUCGCGCAUCGCAUUAUCCGGAUCCGGGCGACCGCGACCGCGGCCGCGACCGCGACCGCGAUCGCCGCAUCGCGGCACCGCGAAACCACACACGUGCUCAGCCGCGCGUCCUCUUCCAUGUAAACGCCGAUCGCGAGACUCCUGGUCGCCGUCGCGUCGGUCCGCUCGCUCCCCACCAGAGGCUUUCCGCCUCGGUCGGCUUUCGUCAUUUUUCCCCGAAGAUUGCGCGUUAAUUACGCGGCGAGCGGGCUUUCUCUCGCGACGAGGCGACACGAGCGGACGCGAUUCCGUCUCUGCCUCCGAUGCCGAAGGGAAUCGUCGCGCCGGCGCGGAUCGAGCUUCGAGCUCCGAGCUCGGAGCGCGCGCUCGCGGAGGUGCAGCCGCGUGAAAAUGCGUCGCCGAAAAUAGCGCCGUCCAGUCGCGCGGGCUUCGUCUAAAUUUAUUCGACCGAUCGCGAACGGCCGCGUGCCGUCUCGGGUCCCGUAGUCGGAUCCGCGGAUCGGUGCGACGUCGAUCGUCGUUUCCCCGACGCGACUUCGAGACAUCGACGGUGCGCGAGGUAUUCGAGAACAACGGUGGUCGCAGCCACCGCGUACGGCUAGCAUCGGGACGCCGCGACCUCGACAUGGAGGGCACCGAACAGUUUUACAGGAAUUUGUGCUCGUUGGAAACGGUGCGAUCGGGGAAGACGGGAUUCUUCCGAGACUUCAGCGAGCACGUUUCCGGUAUCGCCGGCGAGACCUGGAUCUCGGAGGUGUUCGGCCGGAUUCGGGACGACGAGGCUCGAGUGCGAGCCCUCUUCACGGACGAGAAGAUCAAGGAGGCGGUGACGGAGACGCUCGACAGAACCACGAUGCUCUACAGAGCGAAGGACGCGGAAGCGUCCAGAGCGAGGAGGCUCGAAGCUCUGGAAGCCGCGGCCAAAGGAGAACGAGAGAAAGCCGUUUUACUUUUCAGCCAGGCCGUUCUGCGCGCACCACCCACAGGGAAAUGCGAAGCGGUGGACGAUGGAUUGUCGCUGCCGCUCGCGUUGCUCGGCAGGGCGGAAGCGUUCGUCGCGUUGAACGAGCACGCGCUCGCCCUCGAGGACUUUGCUCUGAUCGAGGUGGAGGAGGAGGAGGAGAAGAAGAAGAAGAAGAAGGAGGUCGAGCUUCCGGAGCGUUUCCGGGUGGAACUCGCGAGGAAGAGGGCGGACUGCGAGAAGCGUUAUAUCCCUUCGGAGAAGGAGGAGGAGCAGACGUCGUCGAAAUCUCAAAAGCUGAGCGGUGGCCCGCACCCCGAGAUGCCGACUGCCUCGGCUCUGCUGGACGUGCGAGAGACGGCGACCGCGGGCAAACAGGCGAUCGCGACCGGGGAAAUCGGUCCCGGGGACACCCUGGUGGUCGAGCCGCCCCUCGCGGCUUGCCUGCUGCCGGAAUUUUUCGGGACCCGCUGCCACCACUGUUUCGCCGGAUUGAGGGGCCCCGUGGGAUGUCCGGAUUGCAGCAGCGUCGCCUUUUGCGGCAGAACCUGCCGAGACGAGGCAACGGCGAGCUAUCACAAGUACGAGUGCCGGAUUCUGGCGCUGCUCAUAGGCUCGGGAAUGAGCGCUCUGAGCAUGCUCGCUCUGCGAAUGGUCGCCCAGUCGGGCCCGACCGAGUGCGCGCGCAUUUGUCGCGCGCUGCGCGCUCGAAACUCCGAGGAUCCAAUGCCGAAAUCGAAGGACGGCGAUCUCGAAGAAGCUGCGGGAACGACAACGGCAACGGCAACGCGAACGAAGCUCGGCAAGUCCGCGAAACGGCGAAUCAGAAGAAAGAUAUUGCGCGACUCGAAAUACCAAAAGGAAAAACCGUACGAGGAAACCGAGCUUCGAGCUUACGAGCUGGUCAUGCACGAGGACCGGAGAACGGCCAGAGACUUUUUCGAGAGAUCGCUGAUGGCAGCGUUCCUCUUGAAAUGUUUGCAAACGGUCGGCUUCUUCGAAGACUCGAGUCGAUCGAAGGUGUCGACGGUGCCGACUGAAUCGGAGAUCGCGGUGGCUGCUCUGCUGCUGAAACAUCUUCAGUUGUUGCAGUUCAACGCUCACGAGGUCUUCGAAACUCGACCGGGCAAGGAACAUCGGUUUCGCGGCAGCAAACCCGUUUACAUCGGGGUGGCGAUCUACCCGACCGUGGCCCGAUUCAAUCACGACUGUUAUCCCGCGGUGACGAGAUACUUCGUCGGCCGAAGCAUCGUGAUUCGAGCGACGCGCAGCCUGCGAGUCGGGGACACGGUCGCCGAGAAUUACGGGCCGAUCUUCACCAAAAGGAGCCUGGAGGAACGCCGGAGAACCUUGGCCGGCAGGUAUUGGUUCGAGUGCGAGUGCACGGCUUGCCGCGAAAACUGGCCCCGCUUCGAAGGCUUGACCAACGAGCACGCGCGGCUGAGAUGCCCCACGGAAGGAUGCGAGAAGCUACAUCGGCAGCCCCGACGAGCCGGGGAGACGGGCGACCCGAUCGAGUGCUCGGCUUGUCGUCGGACGAUCGACUUGCGGGGACCGCUCGCUGCUCUGCGCGAAUGCGAGCGUCGGUACGAGCAAGGAUUCGCGGCGAUGGACCGGGAACGAUCCGACGAGGCGUUGGAAGCGUUCCUCGGGGCAGCGAGAAAGUUUCACCGAAUAGCGGUGCCGCCGCACAGGGACACGCAUUUGGCGGAAAUCGCGGCGAGCGCGUGCAUGUCGCACGCUUCGAUCCGGCACGCGUAGAAACGUGAACGGUUUCUUGCCAGGUUCCGGACGACGGCCGGUCCGGAGAACGAGAGAAAACGACGGUUCGAGGAAACUGAAUCACAAACGACCUUCGGUUCUUCGAUUUUGCGAUUUUUUUGGCAUUUAUUUUUUAUAAUGCACAUGUUUCGUGAAAAAAUUAAAUUCCAUAUAUGAAAUUAGCUUUUCGAAGUUUCGCGUUUUGGUACAAAAUUCACUGGAUUGAAAGGACCGGGUUAUGUCUCGGAGAAAGGAGGAAGCGACGGGACUGUGGCGGAAGGAAGAAGGAAGAGGGGAGAGGGGAGAGGGGAGAAGGGCGAUGGAACGAUGGAAUAUAACGGGAGAGAGAAGAGUAGGUGAGAAUAGGGGUGUGAGGGCUACUUGACGAACGGCGCGUACGCGUCCGAUAUGCGGCCGCCAAGCCAUCUCUCCUUCGAAGAGACGAGCGCGCUUCCUCGAUCGUUUCGAGGAUACGGUCGCGCGCUCGUUCUCCGAUCCGAUCCGAUCCGGUUCGGCUCGGCUCGGUUCGAUUCGAUUCGCAACGGGCCGCGGAUCCGAUUUCGAUCCAAUUACGUUAUCGCGAACACAUAAUUUUGAAUUAAUUGACUGCCGGCGCGACGCAGCGAGUGCCCUCGCUUCCCUAAUCUCGGGAACCCGAUCUCGAUCGGUUCCCGCGCUCGCGCUGCGACCACGGGCGCAACGCGCAACGAGCAACGACCGAAAAACGGACGACGAUCGACGAGAACCGAAACGUUGCGAUCGAACCGGACGAGCGGAUCGCGAGCGCCUCGAAUACCACGUGUUACAUGUAUUCCUCGGGCGUACCUCGGUUCGCUCGAUUCUUCUUCUCGAUCGUGCGCACAAUUUCUUUCCUUGUUAUUUCACAUUUUUUUGGUUUUCUUUUUUACUUCGAUAUUCACUUUCAACACAUGCAUUGUUCUUUUUUCGCAUUCAAUUACAAUGUUUGCGUCCUAAGCGUUACUUU